CCAGACCAGACCUCUACUGCUUCAGACCAGACCUCUACCGCUUCAGACCACAUCUCUACCGCUUCAAACCAGACCUCUACCGCUUCAAACCAGACCUCUACUGCUUCAGACCAGACCUUACUGCUUCAGACAGGACCUUACUGCUUCAGACCAGACCUCUACCGCUUCAGACCAGACCUCUACCGCUUCAGACCAGACCUCUACUGCUUCAGACCAGACCUCUACUGCUUCAGACCAGACCUCUACUGCUUCAGACCAGACCUCUACUGCUUCAGACCAGACCUCUACUGCUUCAGACCAGACCUCUACUGCUUCAGACCAGACCUCUACUGCUUCAGACCAGACCUCUACUGCUUCAGACCAGACCUCUACUGCUUCAGACCAGGACCUCUACUGCUUCAGACCAGACCUCUACUGCUUCAGACCAGACCUCUACUGCUUCAGACCAGACCUGUACUGCUUCAGACCAGACCUCUACCGCUUCAGACCAGACCUCUACCGCUUCAGACCAGACCUCUACCGCUUCAGACCAGACCUCUACUGCUUCAGACCAGACCUCUACUGCUUCAGACCAGACCUCUACUGCUUCAGACCAGACCUCUACUGCUUCAGACCAGACCUCUACUGCCUUCAGACCAGACCUGUACUGCUUCAGACCAGCCCCUCUACCGUUCAGACCAACCCCCCAACCUACCGGCUUCAGACCAGACCUCUACCGCUUCGCCGGGGGGAAGACCUCUACUGCUUCAGACCAACCUCUACUGCUUCAGACCAGACCUCUAUUUGCUUCAGACCAACCUCUACUGCUUCAGACCAGACCUCUACGCUUCAAACCAGACCUCAAACUGCUUCAGACCGACCCUACUGCUUCAGACCAGACCUCUACUGCUUCAGACCAGACUCUACCGCUUCAGACCAGACCUCAAACCGUUCAGACUAGACCUCUACCGCUUCAGACCAGACCUCUAUGCUUCAGACCAGACCUCUACUGCUUCAGACCAGACCUCUACUGCUUCAGACCGGGACCCCUACGCUUCAGACCAGACCUCUACUGCUUCAGACCAGACCUCUACCGCUUCAGACCAGACCUCUACCGCUUCAGACUAGACCUCUACUGCUUCAGACCAGACCUCUACCGCUUCAGACCAGACCUCUACUACUUCGGACCUCUACUGCUUCAGACCAGACCUCUACUGCUUCAGACCAGACCUUCUACUGCUUCAGACCAGACCUCUACUGCUUCAGACCAGACCUCUACUACUUCCUCAGACCAGAGUAACUGUGAGUCACACCAGGAGAAGUGUUUUAGAGGGAGGUGAGAGACUGAGAGAACCAGCUUCCUGUGUUUGCUGAGAGGCGUAUUGCCCAGAAAGUACUGCGGUCAAGCCCUAUCUGGCGGACAGAUACAGCAAAUAGAAGCCGAUUCCCGAAACAGUGCAUGACUACACUCUCGUCAAAAGUAGUGCGUAGGGAAUAGGGUGCCAUUUGGGACGGCACUUGGAUCUCUCUCUCUCUCUCUCUCUCUCUCUCUCUCUCUCUCUCUCUCGUUGACUCAGAGCCAGUGACAUCACUCCUUUCCUUUCCCACCUCUUUAGGAUGGUGUGGGCAAACACGUUAGCUCCUGACAGCUCUGCUCAAAGGCUUUAGGUAAACUGUUGACCUUUGGCGGAUAUAAGGCGAACAUUUGCACCUCUCAAAUCCCUGAGAGGUGCAAAUGAAACAGAACGUUAAGGCGGGAAAGAAAGGCAAGUUGCUGUGUUGGGAGACAGACAGGUUAUUUGAAAAGUUUGCUUUUAUAGACAGGCUGGGAUGGAGGAGUGGAGGGUAUGUCCCCUGUAGCUCAGUUGGUAGAGCAUGGCACUUGCAACGCCAGGGUUGUGGGUUCAUUUCCCACGGGGGGCCAGUAUGAAAAUGUAUGCACUCACUAACUGUAAGUCGCUCAGGAUAAGAGCAUCUGCUAAAUGACUGAAAAUGUAGGGGUUGUAGAGAAGUCAUCAUGUGGUCGGAGCCGAAGGGCUGUGAGUGCUGGGCUGGUUUGUACAGGUCUGGACUGGGUUGGGCUAGCCCUGUAUUCACAAACCCAGCGUAGGAGAGCUGAUAUGAGAUUAGUUUGACCUUUUUAGAUCAUAUAGAUCAUAUUGAAUAAGAUUAUAUGGACAGAGAGGACCUGAUCCUAGAUCAGCACUCUUACUCUGAGGGGCUUUCUGAAUAUGGGCGGAGGUCUGGUCUAGUGGUCAGCACACUGAGGACAGCAGAGGUGACGUCACUCCAAGCCAAACGGGGACGCUACUUCACUUAGAAAAUAAAUGUUCCCUUUUUCCCCCCCCCCAGCCGCUACCUCAGUUGAGAGGGAGAAAAUAGCCCUCUGAAUCCGGCUGAUGACGGAAGCAUGUUAUCAGGUUCCAUGCCGAAGCCAUGUGUAAGUAGUUAAUUCAGGAAAGGAGUAAAGUCACUUGAGGGGAUUGACUGCGUUACAUCGUUAAUGAUUACGGCCUGUGUCCCAAACGGCAUCCUAUUCCUUAUAUAUAGUGCACUCCUUUUGACCAGAGCUCUAUGGUCCCUGGUCAAAAGUAGUGCACUAUAUAGGAGAUAGGGUGCCGUUUGGGAAGCGGACAAUGUGAGCUGCGACUAAACCUGGCGUGGGGGGAAAACAACGGUUGUUGAUUCAUAGAAAGAAAGCUAGCCGGUCAAUUACUGAAGAAGAAGCUCAGCAGGGUUCUUGAUGCCAAGUCAGCUACGUUGAGGAGCAAAUGUGGCGUCUACUGGACAAUGCAGUGGGAAAUAUCUACCGAGUCAACAGUUGGUUCAUCAGUGGUGGUUCAAGGUGAACCUAUGCGCACAAGAUGUUGAAAAGAUGUUGAAAAUACAUAUAUGUGGUUGAAAAGACGUCUUUCAAGCAAUUUUGAUCAAUGGGUAGGACGUUUUCUACCACGUAAUUUUUUUUUGGGUGUCAAUUGCUUGUCUGAGAAAGGUAUUAGAUGCACAUGGACAUUCAUUCUGGACAAAGCGGACAUUUCUUCGGGUAACGGAGGUAACAACGUGUCGUAAGCUCACUCCACAGCUAGCCUGAAAUGUCGCGGACGGGGCCCCUCAAGGAAGUACCUUUUGAGUGGCUCAACCAAUUGGUAACGUUGUCAAACAGUGCGGUCACGUGUGUUGCGAGGGAGAACCUCCCUGAUUCGAGCCAGAAGUCGGACAGCAGGGAGGCUAGCCAUUAGCAGGCUAGCCGUUAGCAGCACACUGACCCCCUGUGAAGUUACAUUUACAUUUUACAUUUUAGUCAUUUAGCAGACGCUCUUAUCCAGAGUGACUUACAGUUAGUGAGUGCAUACAUUAUUUUUUUGUAUUUUUUUUAGUUAGCAAUGAUAACUUCUGUGGUAAAAAAAAAAAUCAGUCUAGAGUCCACUGGUUCAGCUUUGUGGUAACUUACAGUCAUCUGCAUGUUGGUUUGAAAGCAAUGUUGUUACUGAGCUGGGUCUCUUCUGACUGUAGAAAGAGGAAUUGGCGUGUUCAACAAAGCAAAAUUGUAAUAACAAAAAGUAUUUGGGUGCUGGGUUCAAAAGGCAUAUACUGGGAAAAAGGAAAAUCCUACACUCACUGAAAUAUUUAUGUUUUAAUGUAUUUUUAAGCAGCAGAGGUCAGCGCAAACGGACACAUUUGGGCGGCAGCCUUCAGUGUUUGGAGAACGAUAGGCAUUCACCAAUAUUUAUAGAUGACAUCACGUUGUUGUACUGCUUCCUUCUUUUUCCUCCUCUGGCUGUUAUAGAUGACCUUCCCUACUGCCCUCCUGACUAUUAUAGGUGACCUUCCCCACUUCCCUCCUGACUGUUAUAGGAUACCUUCCCUACUGCCCUCCUCUGGCUUUUAUAGAUGACCUUCCCUACUGCCCUCCUCUGACUGUUAUAGGAUACCUUCCCUACUGCCCUCCUCUGGCUUUUAUAGAUGACCUUCCCUACUGCCCUCCUGGCUGUUAUAGGAUACCUUCCCUACUGCCCUCCUCUGGCUUUUAUAGAUGACCUUCCCUACUGCCCUCCUCUGACUGUUAUAGGAUACCUUCCCUACUGCCCUCCUCUGGCUUUUAUAGAUGACCUUCCCUACUGCCCUCCUCUGACUGUUAUAGGAUACCUUCCCUACUGCCCUCCUGACUGUUAUAGAUGACCUUCCCUACUGCCUUCCUGACUGUUAUAGAUGACCUUCCCUACUGCCCUCCUGACUGUUAUAGGUGACCUUCCCUACUGACCUCCUUACUGUUAUAGGUGACCUUCCCUACUGCCCUCCUUACUGUUAUAGGUGACCUUCCCUACUGCCCUCCUCUGACUGUUAUAGGUGACCUUCCCUACUGCCCUCCUGACUGUUAUAGGUGACCUUCCCUACUGCCCUCCUCUGACUGUUAUAGGAUACCUUCCCUACUGCCCUCCUGGCUGUUAUAGGUGACCUUCCCUACUGCCCUCCUCUGACUGUUAUAGGAUACCUUCCCUACUGCCCUCCUGGCUGUUAUAGGUGACCUUCCCUACUGCCCUCCUCUGGCUGUUAUAGAUGACCUUCCCUACUGCCCUCCUGACUGUUAUAGAUGACCUUCCCUACUGCCCUCCUCUGGCUGUUAUAGAUGACCUUCCCUACUGCCCUCCUCUGACUGUUAUAGGAUACCUUCCCUACUGCCCUCCUGGCUGUUAUAGGUGACCUUCCCUACUGCCCUCCUGACUGUUAUAGGUGACCUUCCCUACUGCCCUCAUCUGGCUGUUAUAGGUGACCUUCCCUACUGCCCUCCUGACUGUUAUAGGUGACCUUCCCUACUGCCCUCCUCUGACUGUUAUAUGUGACCUUCCCUACUGCCAUCCUGACUGUUAUAGGUGACCUUCCCUACUGCCCUCAUCUGACUGUUAUAGGUGACCUUCCCUACUGCCAUCCUGACUGUUAUAGGUGACCUUCCCUACUGCCCUCCUCUGACUGUUAUAGGUGACCUUCCCUACUGCCAUCCUGACUGUUAUAGGUGACCUUCCCUACUGCCAUCCUGACUGUUAUAGGUGACCUUCCCUACUGCCCUCAUCUGGCUGUUAUAGGUGACCUUCCCUACUGCCAUCCUGACUGUUAUAGAUGACCUUCCCUACUGCCCUCCUCUGGCUGUUAUAGAUGUCAUUCCCUACUGCCCUCAUCUGGCUGUUAUAGAUGUUUCCCUACUGCCCUCACCAAGUGAUCAAGCAUUUCUGAUCUCUUUCUUCUCUCCUCCUCUCUCUUACAGAAGACCUGCCCGACUGUGCUAAGGGUAUUAACAUCACAGUGUUGAAGCAUUACUGAGCGCUGUCCUGCUAUGCCUGUUUCUUGCAAAUACACUGCCCUAGUGUCUGUCUCCAACAACCUGCCCUACUGUCUGUCUCCUCUCUGUCUCCAACAACCUGCCCUAGUGUCUGUUCCAACAACCUGCCCUAGUGUCUGUCUCCAACAACCUGCCCUACUGUCUGUCUCCUCUCUGUCUCCAACAACCUGCCCUAGUGUCUGUCUCCAACAACCUGCCCUAGUGUCUGUCUCCUCUCUGUCUCCAACAACCUGCCCUAGUGUCUGUUCCAACAACCUGCCCUACUGUCUGUCUCCAACAACCUGCCCUACUGUCUGUCUCCUCUCUGUCUCCAACAACCUGCCCUAGUGUCUGUCUCCAACAACCUGCCCUACUGUCUGUUCCAACAACCUGCCCUACUGUCUGUCUCCAACAACCUGCCCUACUGUCUGUCUCCUCUCGGUCUCCAACAACCUGCCCUAGUGUCUGUCUCCAACAACCUGCCCUAGUGUCUGUCUCCAACAACCUGCCCUACUGUCUGUCUCCUCUCUGUCUCCAACAACCUGCCCUAGUGUCUGUCUCCAACAACCUGCCCUACUGUCUGUCUCCAACAACCUGCCCUACUGUCUGUCUCCAACAACCUGCCCUACUGUCUGUCUCCAACAACCUACCCUACUGUCUGUCUCCUCUCGGUCUCCAACAACCUGCCCUAGUGUCUGUCUCCUCUCUGUCUCCAACAACCUGCCCUAGUGUCUGUCUCCAACAACCUGCCCUACUGUCUGUUCCAACAACCUGCCCUACUGUCUGUCUCCAACAACCUGCCCUACUGUCUGUCUCCUCUCGGUCUCCAACAACCUGCCCUAGUGUCUGUCUCCAACAACCUGCCCUAGUGUCUGUCUCCAACAACCUGCCCUACUGUCUGUCUCCUCUCUGUCUCCAACAACCUGCCCUAGUGUCUGUCUCCAACAACCUGCCCUACUGUCUGUCUCCAACAACCUGCCCUACUGUCUGUCUCCAACAACCUGCCCUACUGUCUGUCUCCAACAACCUACCCUACUGUCUGUCUCCUCUCGGUCUCCAACAACCUGCCCUAGUGUCUGUCUCCAACAACCUGCCCUACUGUCUGUCUCCAACAACCUGCCCUACUGUCUGUCUCCAACAACCUGCCCUACUGUCUGUCUCCUCUCUGUCUCCAACAACCUGCCCUAGUGUCUGUCUCCAACAACCUGCCCUACUGUCUGUCUCCAACAACCUGCCCUACUGUCUGUGUCCAACAACCAGCCCUACUGUCUGUCUCCUCUCGGUCUCCAACAACCUGCCCUAGUGUCUGUCUCCAACAACCUGCCCUACUGUCUGUCUCCAACAACCUGCCCUAGUGUCUGUCUCCAACAAACUGCCCAACUGUCUGUCUCCUCUCGGUCUCCAACAACCUUCCCCACUAUCUCCAAUAACCUGCCCUACUCUCCCAAUGUCAUCACCUCCAACUAGUCCAUUGGUUAAGAUUUGUAGGAACAUAAUCUGGUUCAUUGUGACUGACUGUGGUCUCUUCUCUCUGUCCUACAGAUGACCUUCCCUACUGUCCUAAAGGCGUCACCUCCAAAGUGUUCCGUUUCAACGUGUCGGCCAUGGAGAGGAACUCCACCAACCUGUUCCGAGCAGAGUUCCGUGCUCUCAGGGUUCCAAACUCUGCUGCCAAUAGGAACGAACAGAGGGUGGAGCUUUACCAGGUAUGUGAAAGGUACCCUCCGUCUCUGCAUGUCCUUCAGAGAUCUUCAACUCCACCUGACAACGAUAAGUCUUUCCUCCUAGUUUCAUUUCGAGGCAGGGCACCCAAAGGCCCGCAGAGCAACAUCCAGGUCAUCAGGCAUCAACACGGGGUUACGUCCCAAAUGGCACCCUAUUCCCUAUAUAGUGCACUACUUUUGACCAGAUCCCUAUUGGUCCUGAUCAAAGGUAGUGUACUGUAAAGGGAAUAGGGCGCCAUUUGGGAUGUAAGACUUGUCAAUUGAUACUGCUAGAAGUCAAGCUCUUUAGGCAGGGGUCAAAAGAGUAUGUGAGGGAGGCUCCUGGUAGAGGAAGCACAGUGCCCCAAGGCUCCUGGUAGAGGAAGCACAGUGCCCCAAGGUUCCUGGUAGAGGAAGCACAGUGCCCCAAGGCUCCUGGUAGAGGAAACACAGUGCCCCAAGGUGUGAGGGAGGCUCCUGGUAGAGGAAACACAGUGCCCCAAGGCUCCUGGUAGAGGAAGCACAGUGCCCCAAGGUGUGAGGGAGGUUCCUGGUAGAGGAAGCACAGUGCCCCAAGAUGUGAGGGAGGUUCCUGGUAGAGGAAGCACAGUGCCCCAAGAUGUGAGGGAGGUUCCUGGUAGAGGAAGCACAGUGCCCCAAGGCUCCUGGUAGAGGAAGCACAGUGCCCGAAGAUACUUCAUGCACCGUCACCUCCCAGGCAUAAUUUUUUUUUAAAGAUCUGCAAUUCAACAGUUUUUGUUGCUAAGGAGCAUGAUCGGUAGUGGACUUUUUACAUGUUCUAAUGACCAGAAGGUUCAGUUUACCACAUAUAGGUUCACCACACCACAGAUAGGUUCACCACACCACAGAUAGGUUCACCACACCACAGAUAGGUUCACCACACCACAGAUAGGUUCACCAUACUGGCAUUGACCAAAAACAAAACAAGUUGCCUGUUAUUCCACAACCCCAUUUCUCAAACUUCACAGUUUCAACUGAGGAAGAGGAGAGAGACAAUGAAAUCCAGCUUGUGGUUUGGUGGUGGGCAGCCAGCCAGCCGCCAGACCCUAACUCCAGCUCGUCAGGCCUGGAGAAUGUGUGCAGGGUCUGGCUCGGGGCAAGGUAGCGCUAGUGUGUGUCCUGGAGAAUGUGUGCAGAGCUCAGGCCAGCAGGAUGUUGUCAACAGACCAGCACCACACAUGGGUUCAAAUAGUAGUUUCCUUUCAUAUACUUUGAGAGCAGUGGCGGUCAGUGCCGUUUUAAGAUGUGGGAGGAUUAUUUUAUUUUUUCAUGAGCAUGGCCUUAUUUCUAUUACAGCAUGUUGGAUGACUUGUCUUUGAUAUUCCGUUCACCCAGCUCAACGUAACAUUGAUAGGUUUAGGCUACUACAUGAUACUCAAAUUAUCCCUGUACCCAUCAUGAGGUUGCUAUAACCUAGCCUAUGAAAUAAAGUCUACAAUGUAGGUGCACACAGGUCGAGAGACUAAUUUGAGGUGACACAUGGACAGACAGUGACAUUCAAUACCGGCUUGCACACUCUUCCCUGCAUUUAGCUGAUAUAGGGUGUAAUCAUUAGUUGCAAACGAGAGUUUCUAUUGGACAAAUUCAGGUAUUUAUCCCCAUUUUGUUCCGUUUAAGAAAAGUUUUUCAACAGAAUCGGCGGAAUUAAUACAUUUGACAUUUUAGUCAUUUAGCAGACGCUCUUAUCCAGAGCGACUUACAGUUAGCGAGUGCAUACAUUUUCAUACUGGCCCCCCGUGGGAAACGAACCCACAACCCUGGCAUUGCAAGCGCCGUGCUCUACCAACUGAGCUACAGGGGACUACAUCCCUGAUCACACGUAAACACAGUUCACUUUCAUAGCAGCCAUUUUGUAUUCCUUCUCGUAUCUAUGCUCUCUCCUCCUCUCACCUUGUGGACUUUAAUGCAGAACACAUCAGCUGUAUGUGACCAGGCAUAAAAACCAUUCCAAGCCAAACCAUAUCAUAACCACUACACACAGCCUUUAUCGUUGUCCCCAUAUUAGCUAAAGUAACGUCAUAGUCAACAUAGCUAAUAGAACUAAUGUGUUUGUAAACCCACUACAAUCAUGCAGUAACGUUACAGUGUACAGUCAGUAAGCAGUUACACAGGCGGGCCCCAGUGGCAAUACAUUUGUAAAACCAAAAGCUUACCUUGACUUGGAAGAGUUCCAGUUUUGUGAUGGAAAGUCAUAGCCAGCUAGCUAACAUAGCAUCCCUCUGUUUGAGCAGGGUGUUUCAGUAGGCUGAACUAGAUAGCUGCAUUUGCUAGCUAAGUAAGUGAAAGUUUUAAAAAAUGAAGACAUUUCUCUCUUGCUUGUCAUUCAUUUUGGAAGAAAUUAAUUUGUUAAACUGUUCAACUAGUCUUUUCUCUGUCUUUGAGUCAACUACUCACCGCAUUUUAUGCACUGCAGUGCUAGCUAGCUGUAUCUUUAUGCUUUCAGUACUAGAUUCAUUCUCUGAUCCUUUGAUUGGGUGGACAAAAUGUCAGUUCAUGCUGCAAGAGCUCUGAUAGGUUGGAGGACGUCCUCCAGAAGUUGUCAUAAUUACUGUGUAAGUCUAUGGAAGGGGGUGAGAGCCAUGAGCCUCCUAGGUUUUGUAUUAAAGUCAAUGUACCCAGAGGAGGACAGAAGCUAGCUGUCCUCCGGCUAUACCAUGGUGCUACUGUACAGAGUGCGGUUGAGGCGACUGUAGAUCUUCUUUGCAAAAUUGUGUGUUUUAAUCAAUUCUUUGGUGACGUGAAUAUAUUUAGUAUAGUUUUAUCUAAAAAGGAUAACUUAAAUGUUUUACCAUUUAGAUUUUUAUCAAAUUCACUGAGGAGGAUGGCCCUCCACUUCCUCCUCUGAGUAGCUUCCACUGUUUGAGAGUUUAAUUUAGCCUUUUUUUUUGGAUGCCGAUUCACUUUUUGAAUUGAAAACUGAAUGUACCCCAAACCUUCUACAAGCAUCUGUCUCUAAAGCCUCUGCUCUAGAAUAUGACAUGUGGUGCCAUGUAGUAAUGCCAGAAAUGAUAUCCUUAUUGUGGAGUUUCUUUACGCUUCUCAAGUUCCAAUAGCAUCAGUUGUUAUUGGAUCAGUGUAGCGGCUCUGUAUCGUUCAUAUACAGUAACUCACCUACCCUUGGCUUUCAGAUCCUGAGGCCAGACGAGCACAUAGCUAAGCAGCGCUACAUUGGAGCCAAGAACGUGCUGACCAAGGGAACGCCAGAAUGGGUCUCCUUCGACGUAACAGAGGCAGUACGAGAGUGGCUGAUGUACAGAGGUGACCAUGCCAACAAUUGAUUAAUUAAUUGAUUGUAGUGCUGAGCAAUUUGUGCUUUUUUGAGGUCGGUUCGGUUUCGGCAAAAAAAAAAGUAUUAUUAUAAUAAUAAUAAUAAUUAAAUGCACUAUGCAUUAUGUGGAUUGAAUGCUGUAACAGAGAAUAAAACAAUUAUACAAAUAAAAGUCCCAUGAUGGUAGUGACUGACCAUUACUGCUUAUCACUUAUUAACCAUCAUAUAUUCACAUUACUUUAUUACAAUAUUUCAGUUGUAUAUUACAUUUGUUUUAUUUGACGGCUUUAUUAUUUCAUUCCAAGUCAUCUCAUCUCUAUAGAGCUGCUGUCUGACAAAAUCACUAUUUUUAGUAAUUCUUCAAAGUAAAUAAGGCAUACUGUCACGAUCGUCUAAGGAGGAGGACCAAGGCGCAGCGUUGAGGGUGAACAUAUUUAUUUAGAGAAUGAACAGACGAUAACGCGACGUCUACGGUAUAACACAAACCAAAUAAGAACAAGAAACCACAAAUAAUGAAUGCCUAACGGCUACCUAAGUAUGACUCCCAAUCAGAGACAACGAGCUACAGCCGUCUCUGAUUGGGAGCCACCCUGGCCAACAUAGAUAUACAACAACUAGAACAUAAACAAAUGAAAACUCACACCCUGGCUCAACAUACUAGAGUCCCCAGAGCCAGGGCGUGACACAUACUUUUAUGACUGCUGAAUACCAACUAUCAAUCACUUAAUGUAUUUUCAGGCUCGUAAAACGCAACUGCUUUCUCUUCCUCUCGAUCGCGCGUUCUCUGUUCUCAGUCUCCAUGUCUGCUCCUCACAGACCUGACAAGUUUAAGCGGCCGUGCAAUGGAUUAUUGUCGUAGUUAAUUACCACAUUUCCUGCAUUAAACUAUGUAUACGGAACAAAAAUAUAAAACACAACGUGCAACAAUUUCAACGAUUUUACAGUUAAUAUAAGGAAAUCAGUCAAUUGAAAUAAAUUCAUUAGGCCCUAAUCUAUGGAUUUCACAUGACUGGGCAGGGGUGCAGCCGUGGGUGGGCCUGGGAGGGCAUAGGCCCACCCACUGGGGAGCCAGGCUCAGCCAAUCAGAAUAUGUUUUUACCCACAAUAGGGUUUUAUUACAGACAGAAAUACUCCUCAGUUUCAUCAGAUGUCUGGGUGGCUGGUCUCAGACGAUCCCGCAGGUGAAGAAGUCAGAUGUGGAGGUCCUGGGCUGGCGUCGUUACACGUGGUCUGCGGUUGUGAGGCCGGUUGAACGUACUGCCAAAUUCUCUAAAACAACGUUGCCGGCUUAUGGUAGAGAAAUGAACAUUAAAUUCUCUGGCAACAGCUCUGGUGGACAUUCCUACAGUCUGCAUGCCAAUUGCAUGCUCCCUCAAAACUUGAGACAUCUGUGGCAUUGUGUUGUGUGACAAAACUGCACAUUUUAGAGGGGCCUUUUAUUGUCCCCAACGCAAGAUGCACUUGUAUAAUGAUCAUGCUGUUUAAUCAGCUUCUUGAUAUGCCACACCUGUCAGGUGGAUGGAUUAUUUUAGCAAAGGGGAAAUGCUCACUAACAAGGAUGUAAACACAAUUUAAGAUAAUUAUAUUUUUGUGCAUAUGGAACAUUUCUGGGAUCUUUUAUUUCAGCUCAUGAAACAUGGGACCAACACUUUACAUCUUGCGUUUAUAUUUUUGUUCAGUAUAGAAUAUUGGCCUUUUGGAAACUCCAACUCCCUAAUACAUCGCACAGUUCAGGCUUGAUCUGAUUUAUCUCUACAGAAACUGCACACAGAGCUCACAGAAAGAAAAAAAAACGAACAAAAUGGAAUUCAGAUAAUUGAACCGACGUCGGUGAAUUCGUUUGUUAAAAACCGAAGAAUUACCAAAAUGUCGGUUAAUCGCUAAGCACUAAUUGAUUGACGUGAUGCCUAUCUCCUCUCAGAGACCAACCUGGGUCUGGAGAUCAGCGUGCACUGCCCCUGCCACACCUUCAACCCCAACGGUGACAUCAUCGACAAUGUGAACGAAGUGCUGGAGGUCAAGUUCAAAGGUCAGUAGGCAUAACAUUCUCUUCCUUGUGAGGUCUUUUCCGGGAAAACAUCAAGUCCUUUGUUGUUCCCACCCAAUUACUGACAGCUUCCUGAGUCCCCCACAUACUGACAGCUUCCUGAGUCCCCCACAUACUGACAGCUUCCUGAGUCCCCCACAUACUGACAGCUUCCUGAGUCCCCCACAUACUGACAGCUUCCUGAGUCCCCACAUACUGACAGCUUCCUGAGUCCCCCACAUACUGACAGCUUCCUGAGUCCCCCACAUACUGACAGCUUCCUGAGUCCCCCACAUACUGACAGCUUCCUGAGUCCCCCACAUACUGACAGCUUCCUGAGUCCCCCACAUACUGACAGCUUCCUGAGUCCCCCACAUACUGACAGCUUCCUGAGUCCCCCACAUACUGACAGCUUCCUGAGUCCCCCACAUACUGACAGCUUCCUGAGUCCCCCACAUACUGACAGCUUCCUGAGUCCCCCACAUACUGACAGCUUCCUGAGUCCCCCACAUACUGACAGCUUCCUGAGUCCCCCCACAUACUGACAGCUUCCUGAGUCCCCCACAUACUGACAGCUUCCUGAGUCCCCCCACAUACUGACAGCUUCCUGAGUCCCCCACAUACUGACAGCUUCCUGAGUCCCCCACAUACUGACAGCUUCCUGAGUCCCCCACAUACUGACAGCUUCCUGAGUCCCCCACAUACUGACAGUCCCCCCACAUACUGACAGCUUCCUGAGUCCCCCACAUACUGACAGCUUCCUGAGUCCCCCACAUACUGACAGCUUCCUGCGUCCCCCCCCCACAUACUGACAGCUUCCUGAGUCCCCCCCACAUACUGACAGCUUCCUGAGUCCCCCACAUACUGACAGCUUCCUGAGUCCCCCACAUACUGACAGCUUCCUGAGUCCCCCCACAUACUGACAGCUUCCUGAGUCCCCCACAUACUGACAGCUUCCUGAGUCCCCCCACAUACUGACAGCUUCCUGAGUCCCCCACAUACUGACAGCUUCUGAGUCCCCCACAUACUGACAAGCUUCCUGAGUCCCCCCACAUACUGACAGCUUCCUGAGUCCCCCACAUACUGACAGCUUCCUGAGUCCCCCACAUACUGAACAAAGGCUCCUGAGUCCCCCACUACUGACAGCUUCCUGAGUCCCCCACAUACUGACAGCUUCCUGAGUCCCCCACAUACUGACAGCUUCUGAGUCCCCCACAUACUGACAGCUUCCUGAGUCCCCCACAUACUGACAGCUUCCUGAGUCCCCCACAUACUGACAGCUUCCUGAGUCCCCCACAUACUGACAGCUUCCUGAGUCCCCCACAUACUGACAGCUUCCUGAGUCCCCCACAUACUGACAGCUUCCUGAGUCCCCACAUACUGACAGCUUCCUGAGUCCCCCACAUACUGACAGCUUCCUGAGUCCCCCACAUACUGACAGCUUCCUGAGUCCCCCACAUACUGACAGCUUCCUGAGUCCCCCACAUACUGACAGCUUCCUGAGUCCCCCCACAUACUGACAGCUUCCUGAGUCCCCCACAUACUGACAGCUUCCUGAGUCCCCCACAUACUGACAGCUUCCUGAGUCCCCCCACAUACUGACAGCUUCCUGAGUCCCCCACAUACUGACAGCUUCCUGAGUCCCCCACAUACUGACAGCUUCCUGAGUCCCCCACAUACUGACAGCUUCCUGAGUCCCCCACAUACUGACAGCUUCUGAGUCCCCCCACAUACUGACAGCUUCUGAGUCUGAGUCCCCCAAUACUGACAGUUCAUGGAGUCCCCCAACAUACUGACAGCUUCAUGAUCCCCCACAUACUGACAGCUUCCUGAGUCCCCCCACAUACUGACAGGCUUCCUGAGUCCCCCACAUACUGACAGCUUCCUGAGUCCCCCCAACAUACUGACAGCUUCCUGAGUCCCCCACAUACUGACAGCUUCCUGAGUCCCCCCACAUACUGACAGCUUCCUGAGUCCCCACAUACUGACAGCUUCCUGAGUCCCCCACAUACUGACAGCUUCCUGGUCCCCCACAUACUGACAGCUUCCUGAGUCCCCCACAUACUGACAGCUUCCUGAGGCCCCCACAUACUGAAGCUUUCCUGAGUCCCCACAUACUGACAGCUUCCUGAGUCCCCCACAUACUGACAGCUUCUGAGUCCCCCACAUACUGACAGCUUCCUGAUUCCCCACAUACUGACAGCUUCCUGAGUCCCCACAUACUGACAGCUUCCUGAGUCCCCCACCUACUGACAGCUUCCUGAGUCCCCCACAUACUGACAGCUUCCUGAGUCCCCCAAUACUGACAGCUUCCUGAGUCCCCCCAUAUACUGACAGACUUCCUGAGUCCCCCACAUACUGACAGCUUCCUGAGUCCCCCACAUACUGACAGCUUCCUGAGUCCCCCCACAUACUGACAGCUUCCUGAGUCCCCCACAUACUGACAGCUUCCUGAGUCCCCCCAUAUACUGACAGCUUCCUGAGUCCCCCACAUUACUGACAGCCUUCCUGAGUCCCCCACAUACUGACAGCUUCCUGAGUCCCCCACAUACUGACAGCUUCCUGAGUCCCCCACAUACUGACAGCUUCCUGAGUCCCCCCACAUAAUGACAGCUUCCUGAGUCCCCCACAUACUGACAGCUUCCUGAGUCCCCCACAUACUGACAGCUUCCUGAGUCCCCCACAUACUGACAGCUUCCUGAGUCCCCCACAUACUGACAGCUUAUCCUGAUCCUGAGUCCCCCACAUACUGACAGCUUCCUGAGUCCCCCACAUACUGACAGCUUCCUGAGUCCCCCACAUACUGACAGCUUCCUGAGUCCCCCACAUACUGACAGCUUCCUGAGUCCCCCACAUACUGACAGCUUCCUGAGUCCCCCACAUACUGACAGCUUCCUGAGUCCCCCAACAUACUGACAGCUUCCUGAGUCCCCCACAUUACUGACAGCUUUCCUGAGUCCCCCCACAUACUGACAGCUUCCUGAGUCCCCCCACAUACUGACAGCUCCCUGAGUCCCCCCACAUACUGACAGCUUCCUGAGUCCCCCACCAUACUGACAGCUUCUGAGUCCCCCACAUACUGACAGCUUCCUGAGUCCCCCACAUACUGACAGCUUCCUGAGUCCCCCACAUACUGACAGCUUCCUGAGUCCCCCACAUACAUGACAGCUUCCUGAGUCCCCCCACAUACUGACAGCUUCCUGAGUCCCCCACCAUUACUGACAGCUUCCUGAGUCCCCCCACCAUACUGACAGCUUCCUGAGUCCCCACAUACUGACAGCUUCCUGAGUCCCCCACAUACUGACAGCUUCCUGAGUCCCGCACAUACUGACAGCUUCCUGAGCUGCAUCUGUGUUCCUUUUGACAAACUGAACUUUGAACUGACAUUCAAAAAACACUAACAUUUUAAAAAGGCUUUACAAGACAAAGUCACAGAAGGACUAGCUCAGUAACUGAGCAGCAGGCCAGGAGGAAGGCCUAUGUUAUCCUGGGGGACAGCACCCAUGUCCUCAACCCGCAGUUCAAAUUGCUCCCCCUUGGACGCCGCCUGCGCUGUCUGAAGUGCUCCACCAAUAGGAGCAGGGCCUCGUUUCAGCCCGAGGCCAUCCACCUGGUUAACAGGACCAUCAAGGAAGAUCUAGGGACAAUUCUAGAGAUAGUUUAACCCUGACAUUAAUUAACAACUGUGGCUUCCGUGAACUUUUUAGUUUCUUAAAUUGCACCAUGCACAUUUUAAUUGAUGCCUCAAGUGUUGAUAUUGUAGUUCUUAUACUGCCCAUCUGUGUGUGUGUGUGUGUGUGUGUGUGUGUACUAUUUGAACGAAUUGCCUCUCUGGGAUUAAUAAAGUUGUAUUGUAAUGACUGACCUUUGACCUCUCUCUCUCUCUGCUGCAGGGGAGAAACAUACAAAAUGUCUGACAUGUACUGGCUGAUAUGUAAUGACUGACCUCUGACCUCUCUGCUGCAGGUGUGGAAGAGGAGUACGAGGAGCUGGGUCGUUGGGACCUGGGUCGUCUGAAGAAGAGGAAGGAGCAGCACCUGCCUCACCUCCUCCUCAUGAUGAUCCCUCCUCACCGCCUCGACUCACAGCCACGCAGACGCAAACGGGCCCUGGACACCAACUACUGUUUCUCGUAAGGACCCUUACUGAAACUGAAACUGUUGUCACUUCUGUUUCCACCCGUCGGUUGUCAAAUCCUGAAAGGCGCCUUAGACUCUGUGGGGUUUCUAAACAAGUCAGCAGUAGUUUCUUGUACAUAAACAACAACAACAGCAGAAGGAGGAUCAAUGAGCUAACCAACCUUCCCAUAUGUUCAAUCUGAAACCAUUCUACAUGUGUUGGUUGAUCAAGACGAGAUAAACUUGAAUAACUUAAUUGCAACUUCAGCUGACUAACUAAAGUUGUGUGUUAACAAGAAAAAUCUUGAGUUGUAACUGAACAGUUAUCAAAGCUGGCUACCUAGCUCAUUGUUGUAUAAGUGACAAGGUAUGGGGUUCGUUUCCCACGGGGGGGGGGGGCGCAGUAUGAAAAAUUAAUGCACUCACUAACUGUAAGUCGCUCUGGAUAAGAGCGUCUGCAAAAUGACUAAAAUGUAAAUGUAUGAGUGAUUCACCAUAGUUAGUUGUGCUCCUUUCCCAGCACUGUUGAGGAGAACUGCUGUGUUCGUCGUCUCUACAUCGACUUCCGUCGGGACCUGGACUGGAAGUGGAUCCACGAGCCUAAAGGAUACUUCGCUAACUACUGCUCUGGACCCUGCCCCUACCUGAGGAGCUCCGACACCACACACACACAGGUGAGGGCAAUCUGACACCACUCACACACACACACACACAGGUGAGGGCAAUCUAACACCACUCACACACACACACACAGGUGAGGGCAAUCUAACACCACUCACACACACACACACAGGUGAGGGCAAUUGGCGCAAAUAACCACAAGGCUAUAAUGACAAAAAAAAGACAGGCUAGCUAGGUAGCUGCUCAAUAGGUACAGUGAGACAGCAAAAUUACAUCAUACACAGAACUCAACCAGAAUAAAAUUCUGAUCUGCCAGGAUUGACUUAUUUACGCAAUUUAGUUUAACAGGGACAGUUGCACAUUAAUCAACAUUAAUCCACAUUUCAGCUUCCACAUCAGAAACACUUAAAUGUCUCCUUCAGGGACUAAAAUUAACACCCGCCACCUGCCAAAUGCGGGUAGGUUUUUGGCUUUUAUUUUUUAUUUCUUACCUUUAUUUAACUAGGCAAGUUACACGCAUUGGCGGGUAAGAUGUCUAUUUCACCAGCCACGUUGGCGGGUGCUCAGGGCUCCACCGUCCCGAGCAUUUCACUUGCAUUUGUGAAUAAAAAGUCAAGUAUGAUCACAUUUAUAGUAAAAUAAAAUGCUGCGGUAGCUGUUCUCAAAGUAUAUCCGCUGUGUUGUUUCAUAGCUGGUAAAUUAAUCGCACAAAGUCAAAUAACUACGAAUCCUAUAUAGCCUUUUCCACCUCGCUCUGCAACACUGCCUGGCUGGGGGCUGUGCGCACCGGAAGAGCUGAGUGAGAUUCAUUUUUAGAAGCGCUGUGCACAGGCAUAAAAAUUGGUUUAAUUUACUUGAAACUAAAGUCUACUGAAGUGAGACUUUGUCCUUGUGUUUCUUGGCUAUUUACAUUGUUUUGUUCACAAGCUAGGUUGUUUUUCUAUGUUUGCGUUUCAACUGCUAGGGAAGAGAUGACGAUGCUUCUACUAGUCAGACUCAAUCUCACAGGCACAAACAUGACUCCAGUCGCGCUACCACGGUAACCUCCCGCCCUUAAAGGGACAGGUGAACAUAUUUUGUCUCAUCUGUGAUAUUUUGGUUAAAAGACUCAGGUCACAAAAAAUGUAAUUAUUCAAUAUACCACAUUAGUUACUUCUUACUAGUAAUACAUUUAUUGUUUUAGAAAAAUUACAAAGCAUGUUCAUCUGUUUUUUUUUUUGUGUGUGUGUUUUUGUUGGUGUAAUUUUAGAAGCAGAAAAAUAUUUGGGCUGGUAAAACAUCUGAAUGAUAUUUUAUGCCCUGGUCUCUUUCCUGUCCAUCCAUAGCUGCUGAGCCUGUAUAACACUCUGAACCCAGAGGCCUCAGCGUCUCCCUGCUGCGUUCCCCAGGACCUGGAGCCUCUUACCAUCCUCUACUACUCUGGACGCACCCCCAAAGUAGAGCAGCUAUCCAACAUGAUCGUCAAGUCCUGCAAAUGCAGCUGAGGAGGCCGGGAGUAGGUCCGAAGCCUGGGAGUAGGGUAGGGGGAAUGGCCCACGUAGGGGGCCUGUAGUGGGACACUAGAGCCAGCCAGCCUGCCUACCUGUAGAGGACCAGACUACCACCAUCCAGGUUAUUUGUAUUCAUCAUGUUAGACUUUGGCAUCCUAACUUCUUCCUUCUUCACUCUUUUUUUUUUUAUUUGUUCAGUUUAGAGAGUUAGUAGUUUCCUUUUAAAGUUUUCUAACUGGGUUUCCUUCCCUUCCUACAAACAAACUGGGGGGGGGGGGAGGGGGGGGGCGACCGACACAGCAGUGACCAUAUUUUGUUUGCUUCUAUUGCAAACGGAGUGGAGGGAGGAGGGACCUUUAUGGAUGGAGGAGGAUAUUAUUGUAGAUACUAAACAUUAAACACACUGCUGCUCUCUUUGAAGACUUUCUUGACAGGUUAAAAAAAAAAAAAAAAAAAAAAAAGGGACCCAAACACAAUAUGCUGGAAAACAUUGAUCUGAAAAAACUAUUACGUAACAGAUUUUGUGAGAUAUUGCUUUUUUUCUUUAAAUGGCAGAUAUUUCCUCUGGUGUUGUCAUACGGUGUCAUACGAUUGAUGUAAUGUUAAUGUGUGUCUACGUCUGUUACCUCUGGAAUUACUUUUAUAUUACACUGUGGUCCUCAUCAAAAAUGUUUUACUGGUGAUUUUGAAGACAUACUCUAUGUUCACGCCAGAUUUUGCUAUUUGAGAAGAUGAGAAAUUAAGCAAAGACAUGAUGGCUGGCACAGUUGAUCGUCUUGUAUUUUGGUGUUUAAAAAAAAAAAAAAAUCCAUAAGAGUAGUCAGUGCAUUGGAGUCGUUGUCUCCCUUGAACCGAAGCCUCAACACCAAACCAAAUCACAAGCCAUGUUUGUUAAAGUGCCUAGAGGUCACCACCCACAAUGCAACAGUCACAUUACGACUUAGAGAUGGAGGCCUCCGAGGACCCAAAAACCUGUUUAUAGCAAGGGCAGCGCCAUUGAGGAAUUUCACAAUUUUAAAGUAGUCAUCUGGGUGGCACUUCAAAACAUUGGCUUUAUACCUGUUCAAACAACACCCUCCAGGUGGCAGUAUGCACCCUUUCAGUUGGUUUACCAACUCGUAGAUAUAGUAGAAGAAUAAAAUCUACUACUUCAAAAUGGAGAUGGCCUGAAUGGCACAUGCUGUCACAGACACCAUAAUGGGACAGAUACAAAGAAGAGUCGUCUAACUAUCUCCAUGCAUUAGGAGAAGAGAGUGGCCGAAUCCCAAAUCACCCCUUCCCCUCGCCCAUUCGGACCUCCUCCCAAAGCUGAGGGAGUGAAAAUGAUCGAUGGUGUAGGGGCUAAUUAGCCCCUCCGGUAGGCACUUCGACUGAGCAUUGCAACGCUGCCGGCUUCAUAGCGAAGUGGAAUCCCAUAAUGCACUGCGUUAUUUUUAAUGUAAAAAAUAAUAAUGGAGAGGCGUCCAUACAAAAGAAUGGAGAGGCGUGCCUAAUUAUAUGACACGUGCAUUUGUUUAUGUCUGAUGUUGAGACUUGACACAUGUAACAGAUUAAGUACUUCCCCAAAUCAAUGUUACUGUUUAUAUUUUGUAGAUGACGGGGGAUUUGUUCAUUUGAAUCUCAUGCUCAUUUUAUUAUUUAAAAGUGGAACAUGAAUUGCAUCAUUCAAGUCACUAGUGUGUCCCGAAGUUAAUGGGUUUAUUGAUCCCCUCGCCACUGAAGUCACCCUCAGAGUUUCGUCAGCAACACGUGACAACAGAGGGGCCUCGGAGCGAGUUGGUGACCUCAGCCCGCCCUCCUGUCGUCUUACCCAUCCUCCUGCAGUCUUACCCAUCCUCCUGCAGUCUUACCCAUCCUCCUGCAGUCUUACCCAUCCUCCUGUCGUCUUACCCAUCCUCCUGUCGUCUUACCCAUCCUCCUGCAGUCUUACCCAUCCUCCUGCAGUCUUACCCAUCCUCUGCAGUCUUACCCAUCCUCCUGCAGUCUUACCCAUCCUCCUGUCGUCUUACCCAUCCUCCUGCAGUCUUACCCACCUCACUUGUGUCUUACCCAUCCUACUGUCGUUUACCCAUCCUCUGCAGUCUUAACCAUCCUCUGCAGUCUACCCAUCCUCUGUGUCUUACCCACUCCUGCAGUUAGGCAUCUCCUGCAGUCUUACCCAUCAUCCUGGUCGUCUUACCCAUCUCAUGCGAGUCUUACCCACCUCCUGCAGUUUACCCAUCCUCCGCAGUCUUACCCAUCCUCUGAAGGCUGACAGAGGCAGUUGGGCUUCCACAAACUGCACUCUUUCAUUCCUCCUCAUUACCUGCUCCUCCCGCUGUUUGUUUGAGGCCCGGUGGAAAGGAGGAGAGUAGGGGGGGAGAGGGAGAAGUAGGGGAGGAAGGGAGGGAGGGGGAGAAGGAGGGGGAGGGGGAGGGGAGGAGGGGAGAGGGGGAGAGGGGGGAGGGGAGGGGGGGGGGGGGAGGAGGGGGAGGGGGAGGGAGAGGAGAGGGGAGGGAGGGAGGAGAGGAGGGGAGGAGAGAGGGGAGGGGGGAGGGAAGAGGGGGGAGAGGGAGAGGGGAGAGGGCGAGGGAAAGGGGGGGAGAGGGAAAGGAGGGGGAGAGGGAGGGGAGAGGGAGAAGUGACAUGACAGCAGCUCAACAGUUUUUCCCCAAGUCAGCAGUAAGAUUAUCGUGAAGGCCAACCAUCCCUCACUCCAUCUCCCCUUUCUCUCUCAUUGGCUCCCCUGUCAUCUCUCUCCACCCUAGCUCCAGCCCGGCCUAUAGUGAGGAGGAAUGUUAUCUAGCCUUGAGACUAAACAGGUGGUUGUGGUCAAAGAGAAGAAUCUGUACAACAACACUUCUUCCAAUGGAAAA